AUGAAUAAGGUUGAUUACGUCAACAAGGCAAACCAAAUCUUCGAUGACAGGGAAGCCUAUGCACCACUCGCUACAGGCCCAACGAAAAAGCCAGCCGCGACUAUCAAGAAGAAAGUGAACGAGCUUGCCCGAUUGAAGCUCAUAAGCCCCGAUGACAGCAGAUCUAUGACCCUCAAUGACCCCCGUAUCGCACGUGCGUACGGCCCUCCCAAGGUGCAUAAGACAGAUGCGCCGCUGAGGAUCAUUGUACCACUUUUUGGAUCCCCUACUUACAACCUUGCCAUGUGGUUAUACAGACAAUUAAAGCACCACGCAAAUGGAUCGCAAUACAGCAUCAAAAAUUCUCAGGCUUUCCUACAAAAGAUCCAAGGCCUUGAAGUAAGUCCUGACGAAUGCAUCCUAUCGUUCGAUGUUGUUGCCCUGUUUUCUUCAAUACCGCAUGACCUAGCGAUUGACAGCGUAGCCCGAUGUCUAGAGCAAAGUCCCAUCGGCAUUCCAACAGAACUUGUCGUAGACAUGUUUAAGCUUUGCCUCAAGAAUUACUGUCUGUUCGAUGGCAAGUUCUAUCAACAGGUAAAGGGCACCCCAAUGGGCUCCCCAAUAUCGGGGCUGCUUGCAGAACUAGUAUUGCAGCGACUAGAACAGGAUGUUGUGCACACCUUCGAACCAAAAAUGUGGCUCCGCUACGUGAACGACACAUUCGUCAUCAUAAAGACCAGGGAAGUUGAGCGAUUACAUCAGAGCUCAAAUAGCGUCUUCCCGGCUAUACAGUUCACCCGCGAAGAAGCAACAGGAGAUACCCUCCCCUUCUUAGAUGUGAGCGUAUAA